ACCAUUAAAGAAAUAUGUCAAACUGAAUAAAAUUUUGCAUGUCAUUCGAAACUAGUAAAAAAAUAAACUUUCUUGUUUUGUCUUUAUAGUAUUGUAUUAAAAAUAUAUUCAAAUCAAAAUGCUUAGUAUCAACGAAAACUUCCCUGAAUAUGCUGUCCCUGGCGCAAAGCAGGUAUCCUUCGAACCUUACGCGGACAACGGCGGAAGCGUCGUCGCAAUCGCCGGCGACGACUACGCCGUGAUCGGGGCCGAUACCCGCCUCAGUACGGGCUUUUCCAUCUACACGAGAGAACAGAAGAAGCUGUUCAAGCUGUCUGACCGCACGGUGCUCGGCGCGACGGGAUGCUGGUGCGACACCCUCACGUUAACGAGACUGCUGAAGGCGCGCAUGCAGAUGUACGAACACGAGCACAAUAAGGCUAUGUCGACGCCUGCGGUCGCCCAGAUGCUGUCCACGAUGUUGUACUACAAGAGAUUUUUCCCCUACUAUAUAUCUAACGUGCUCGCUGGACUCGACGCCGACGGCAAGGGCUGCGUGUUCAGCUACGACCCCAUCGGCCACUGUGAGCGGUCCAACUACCGCGCCGGCGGCAGCGCGGGGGCUCAGCUGCAGCCCCUGCUCGACAAUCAGAUAGGGCUCAAAAAUAUGCAAAAUGUACAAGAGGCACCCCUGCCCAGAGACAAGGCGCUGGCUCUUCUCAAGGACGUGUUCACCAGCGCGGCUGAGCGCGACAUCUACACCGGCGACUCUAUCUACAUACUAAUCAUCACUGCCAAUGGCAUUCAAGAAGAGAAGUUUGAACUCCGUAAAGAUUAAUACCUAAUUGUACAUAUAAAAUAAAAAUUUCAAAUAAC